UACACGCCACCAGACCUAGGGUUUCCCACCUUUGCAAUUCUAUCGAAAUCCAUUCAUCUAUCCAUACAUACAUACUCCGUAAUAAAUUAUAUGCGCGAUUGUUUCGCUGUAGAGAGAAACCAUGAAAGUUAAUCAUCCAAUUGAAGUGGCGAAGACUGUGUUGGAGGUGGCCGACGUGGCAUGGACCGCCGUGGAGUGCUGUCACCACUACCACCACGACGGUCACAAGGAGGCGCCGUCGCCGCCGUCACUUCAAUCGAACAAAGUAGGAGAAGAUUUGGAGGCUUUGCGAUCGGAAAACCAACGCCUAAGGCAACUGCUCGAACAAAAUCUGAAUAUUCUACAGCCUAUUUCGCAAUCUCCUAAAUUAUUGCAGGAUUGCCCAUCCGAUCUCCAUGAUAGGCUGAUUUCUGCCGUUGAUUCUGCGAACUUUUUGAAACAACUGGAAUCUCUGCAUCCAAAUUCGGCCCCUGGUGCUGUUUGUAAAUUUCCGUUCCAGGAGGCAUCAGAUGUGGACAUGGAAACAGCUGAAGUUCUGAUUAAAAUUGACAAUGAAGAGCCAAGUUGGUGGGUCUGGGUAACUGAUGAUAUGGUUCCAAGCAAUGUUGAGGAAAGGAGCGGACUUGAUAAUGAUAAUUAUGUGAUUGUUAAUGAGGAACAGGUUGUAGAUGCAGUUGCGAACUUCAUGGCUAGAUGUGUUUUGGCCAACCCAAAAGCUCAGAACAUGAGUCCCGAGCAGCUGCAGAAGUCCUUGAAAAAAGGACUGGGGGGCAUGAACAAGUUGGAGACGGUGCUCAACAUUUGGCACGCAGGGAAGUUGUUUUAUGCCCUCUCUACAUGGGGACUUGCUCUGGCAGGGUUGUACAGCACUCGCUCAGUUCUGAAACUUGCUGCUAAGGGGGUACAUACAACCAGCAAAGUGGUUAUGAGAGCCCUUUGAGCAAGCAAAUUGGUAUGUGUGCAAGUGUACAGUACGUUAUGUUAUUUAAACUCCCUUGUAAAUACCAUCAAGAUUGUUCUUUCCUCAGAAAUGGGUUCCUAUUCCAGAUGAUUGUAAUUUGUAAAUGACAAUUGGUGUUGUGACUAUGCAAUUUGAAGAUAGUUGUGUGUCCAAAUUUCCCAUCUUUGUAAAAUUGCAAUCUGUGGUCCCUGGCAAUUUGAAAUAGAAGUGUUAUUAAUGGCUUUGAAA